GUGCGUGCGUGCGUGCGUGCGUGUGCUCGGCUCCAGCUCGCAGCAUCCGCGGCAGCAAUGGCGGCGGAUCCGGUUACCGCUUCGAUCAGCUGUUGAUCAGCUGGAUUGAUUCAGUGUAUCCGAUCAUCCGCUGGAGACUGCACGCGUCCGAGCGCACCGAUCACGCGACUGACUGAAAGCGGAUUAAAGCGCGUUCAUGCGUGGAAGCUGAAGCGGUUUAAUCAUGGAUGUGUUCGGCUUUCUCAAUCUAAACGAGCUCGCUCUCGGGCUGUCAAACCUCUCCAUGUUCCCCUUCUUCGACACGGCGCAUUAUAUCAUCUCAGUGAUGAGUCUGAGAGAGCAGCCAGGAGCGCUGGAGGUCUCUCAGCGCAGUCCGUUUGCGUGUUGGUUCAGUUCGAUGCUGUAUUGUUUCGGUGGAGCUGUUCUCUCAGCGCUGAUGAUGGCAGACGCACCGGUCGCACCACUGACCAACACCACCAACCUGCUGCUCGCCUCACUCAUGUGGUACCUGGUGUUUUAUUGUCCUCUGGAUGCCGUGUACUCGCUGGCGUCCGUGUUGCCCGUGCGUCUGGUCUUGACGGCGAUGAAGGAAGUGACACGUACCUGGAAGGUUCUGGGCGGAGUCACACAAGCAGGAAGGAAGUACAAAGACGGUCUGUUUGUGAUGAUCGCGGUGGGCUGGGCUAAAGGAGCCGGAGGAGGACUCUUGAGUAACUUUGAGCAGCUGGUUCGAGGCGUCUGGAAACCUGAAACCAACGAACUCCUGAAGAUGUCAUACCCGACCAAGGUGACGCUGCUGGGGUCGGUUGUGUUCUCUCUCCAGCAGUGUCACUUCCUCCCGAUCCAGACGCAUCAUCUGAUCUUCAUCUACACACUCUUCAUCGUCACCAACAAGAUGCAGAUGAUGUUGUUGGGUUCCUCGUCGUAUCCGUUUUCAGCGGUGGAGACUCUGCUCUACAAGACUCUGUUUGUUCGACCUUUGACCUUUUCACCUCUGAGCGACCCGAGCUCCUGCGCUUCCCCGAACCACAACAAACCGAACGCACAAGACCAGAAACCCAGCGACACCAGAGAAACCCACCCCAAAGACGCAGAAACCACCAAAAAGACGGACUGAGUAGCCUUCACUCCAGCAGUUCUCCUGCUGACGGUCUUUUUAAAUACACAGAUGCUGUUUUUAUCUGAAUAUCUUGAUUUGUACAUAUUUGCUAUUCUGAGCUGAUUCACAGAAAAUUCUACUCUUUUCUAUCCUGUAAUGCUGAGGAUAAUAUAUUUUAAUAUUAUUUAUAAUGUAUUUGUGAAUGCAAUCACUGAAAGUGGAAUGCUGAACGCUGUUUUGAUGCUGAAAUGAUUGAAUAUAAUUCACUCGCUCUGA